CCCAUUAAGAAAAUUUUCCACUUUAUCUCAUUUCAUUUUUAUUUUUUUGCUAUCACAAACCCAAGGUGGUUCUCUUAUUUUUGUUGUGAUCAUCAUCGUUAUAGUCACAUUAUAUUAUACAUAUACCAACCACUUUUUUUAAAUGGAGAAUUCGAGCAGCAGAAACGACUCUUUGGGCCUCUGUAAUGACAGUCAUGACCCACUAAACUGGGUCAUGGCUGCAGAGGCCCUAAAAGGUAGUCAUCUCGACGAGGUAAAGCGGAUGAUAGAAGAGUACAGGAAGAAGGAGGUGUUCUUGGGUGGCAAGGGACUCACCAUAUCCCAGGUGGCCGCGGUGGCCAUGAACGACGAUGGUGCCGUGGCGGUGGCUCUGGCGGAGGAGGCACGUGCCGGGGUGAAGGCAAGCAGUGAUUGGGUGAGGGAGAGCAUGGACAAAGGCAUGGAUAGCUAUGGUGUCACCACAGGGUUUGGUGCAACCUCACACAGGAGAACCAAGCAAGGUGGUGCCCUUCAAAAUGAACUCAUAAGAUUCUUGAAUGCCGGAAUAUUCGGCAACGGCACAGAAUCUUGUCACACAUUGUCCCACACAGCAACAAGGGCAGCCAUGUUGGUUAGGAUCAACACAUUGCUCCAAGGCUAUUCCGGAAUCAGAUUCGAGAUCUUGGAAGCCAUAACAAAGUUCCUCAACCACAACAUUACACCAUGCCUCCCUCUCCGCGGCACCAUCACCGCCUCCGGCGACCUCGUCCCGUUGUCCUACGUAGCGGGCCUUCUAAUCGGAAGGCCCAACUCCAAGUCAGUUGGGCCUAACGGACAACUCCUCAAUGCCAAAGAGGCCUUCGAGCUGGCCGAAAUCAACAGCGGUUUCUUUGACUUGCAGCCCAAGGAAGGUCUGGCUCUGGUCAACGGAACUGCAGUUGGUUCUGGCCUAGCUUCGAUGGUACUCUUCGAGGCCAACAUACUCGCCGUCCUCUCGGAGGUUUUGUCGGCGAUUUUCGCGGAAGUUAUGCAGGGGAAGCCGGAGUUUACCGAUCAUCUAACUCACAAAUUGAAGCACCACCCUGGUCAGAUUGAAGCUGCAGCAAUAAUGGAACAUAUCUUAGAUGGAAGCUCAUAUGUUAAAGCUGCAGAGAAGGUUCAUGAGAUUGAUCCUCUUCAGAAGCCGAAACAAGAUAGAUACGCUCUUCGAACUUCGCCUCAAUGGUUAGGACCACAAAUUGAGGUGAUUCGCCAUAGCACGAAGAUGAUCGAGAGGGAGAUCAACUCUGUAAACGACAAUCCAUUGAUCGAUGUGUCGAGGAACAAGGCGGUGCACGGGGGGAACUUUCAAGGGACUCCGAUUGGUGUGUCGAUGGAUAACACCCGGCUGGCCAUAGCAUCCAUUGGCAAACUCAUGUUUGCUCAAUUCUCCGAGUUAGUUAAUGACUUUUACAACAACGGUCUGCCUUCGAAUUUAACGGCUAGCCGGAAUCCGAGCUUGGAUUACGGCUUUAAAGGCGCGGAAAUCGCCAUGGCUUCAUACUGCUCUGAGCUGCAAUAUCUUGCAAACCCUGUGACAAACCAUGUUCAGAGUGCUGAGCAACAUAACCAAGAUGUGAACUCCUUGGGAUUGAUCUCAUCAAGAAAAACAGCAGAGGCAGUUGAUGUAUUGAAGCUGAUGUCAUCAACUUACUUGGUAGCGUUGUGCCAAGCCAUUGAUCUUAGGCAUUUAGAGGAGAAUCUGAAGAACACGGUGAAGAACACAGUGAGCCAAGUGGCCAAAAGGGUGCUCACAAUGGGGGUAAACGGCGAGUUACAUCCGUCCAGGUUCUGCGAAAAGGACUUGCUCAAGGUCGUGGAUCGCGAGUAUGUGUUCGCCUACGCCGAUGAUCCUUGCAGCGCAAGCUACCCUCUGAUGCAGAAGCUGAGACAAGUCUUGGUUGAUCAUGCUUUACAGAAUGGUGAGCAAGAGUGCAAUGCAAGCACCUCAAUUUUCCAAAAGAUUGGAGCUUUUGAGCAAGAGCUGAAGACCCUUUUGCCCAAAGAGAUUGAGAGUGCAAGAAUUGGAGUUGAGAAUGGAAAUGCUGCUGUUCCUAACAGAAUCAAGGAGUGUAGAUCAUAUCCAAUUUACAAGUUUGUGAGAGAAAAUUUGGGAACAGAUUUGCUGACAGGUGAGAAAGUUAGGUCCCCUGGCGAGGAAUGUGAUAAGGUAUUCACCGCUAUGUGUCAAGGAAAAUUGAUUGAUCCAAUGUUGGAAUGUCUAAAGGAGUGGAAUGGUUCUCCUCUUCCAAUAUCCUAGCUCCACUGUUGCUUCUCCUCUUCUUGUCAUGUAUACUUUCUUUUUUAUUUAUUAUUUUUAAUAGUUCAUGGACAUGUAUUUGAAUGAAAAUGUGAUAGCUAACUGUAUGUCUCUUUAAGUUUUCAUGUAUGUGCUCUUUGUCAAUGUAAUUUUAGACCUCAAACAAGAAACAUUGGUGUGAAUUGAAGAAUCUAUGUUUCUCUCA